AUGGAUUUCUCCUUCAAUUACUUGUCGGGUCCAAUCCCGACUAGUGAUUCAUUCAGGAAAGCACCAGGAGAAGCUUUUAUAGAGAACUCUGGUCUAUGUGGAAAUGCAGACGGGUUAUCUCCUUGUGAUGUGGUCGUCUCUUCGACUUCCAAGUCACAGAAUAAUGAUCUAAAAAUCCUUAUGGCUGUAAUUGUUCCUGUUGUCAGCCUCAUAAUUUUGGCAAUCACUAUUGUUGGAUGUCUCAUCUUUCGGUCGAAAACCAAGCGCAAUUAUGACGAAACCAAAACUGCGCCAGAAUUUGAGGAUUUGGAAUCUCUCAUUUGGGAAAGAGAAGGAAAUUUACAAUUGGAGAUAUUGAUAAAGCAACUGAAAAUUUUAGUGAUAAAUACUGCAUUGGAAGUGGAGGAUUUGGAAGUGUUUAUCGAGCAGUUUUGA